GGUGACCGCACUUCCCUUUCGCCCGUUUUCCGGGUCGUAACCAACAUUUUAUUCUUAUUUAACGCACUCGUGAAGUAGAAAUGUCUGCAAAGCCGACAUGUUUGAUUGUGUUGAGCGCGUCUCCUCAAGGAGUGUCGGCGAAGUCUUUCCAUCAGUGCUUCAGUCUUUGCUCCUCACUCUUUAACCUGCAGACAGCCACGCCAGCGGGGAAGUCAAUAGACUUUUAUGGGGUUGAUGAAAGCACGUCCAGAUGGGUGCAGGACUUCAACAUGAAACCUUAUGCCACUCCUGCAAAACUUGAAUCCAUCGAUGGUGCUCGCUACCAGGCCCUGCUUAUCCCCGACUGCCCGGGAGCGCCUGAUGACCUGGCACAUAGCGGCUCUUUGCACCGCAUCCUGUCACACUUCAUCUCCCAGCAGAAGCCUGUGUGUGCCGUAGGACAAGGAGUGUCUGCACUCUGUUGUGCCACAGAAGAACACAGAUGGAUCUUCAAUGGCUACAGCUUGACUGGGCCAUCAGUGUUUGAACUGGUGCGUAGGCCUGACUUUGCAAACCUGCCAUUAAUUGUGGAAGACUUUGUCAAGGACAGUGGGGGAUCAUACACAGCAAGCCAAGAAGACGCCGUGCACGUGGUCACAGACAGACAUCUGAUCACUGGACAGAACAUGCAGUCCACCUGGCUCGCUGUCAACAAUUUAAUUCUGCUUUCUAGCGCCAAGUAAGCUUAGUCAUUUCACAAUUUCAUUGAUCU